CGGACCAGAGGAUUUUGUUGAUGAAUACUUCAGAUUUCUGUUCAUAUUUCUUGGCUUAUUUAAGAUGGUUUGUUUUAUGCAUUUUCUUUUAAAAGUGGUUUGCAGUGAGGUCUGCGUAUAACACUCUUCUGUGUUCUCUGUCCUCUGUACAGUUCUUUCACAUUCUAUUAUGUCUGAUGCUUAAAUCUUUCUUUAAGUCCUUGGCUUUUAAUCUUGGAUUUUUUUUUAAUUGCCUACCUGCUAUGCCUGUAAUUUUCUUUGGAUAUCCACUUCUUUCAAACAUUAGCUCUGUGGUACGAUACUUCUUGAUUAUUAUAUACUCUGAUUGUGGAUAGUGCUAUUCUGUAUUUAUUUGAUACUGUCUGUAGGUAGUUUGCUAUGGGUGCUUUUCUCAACGUAAAUACAACUCCUUUGUCUUGACCAUCAUCUGCUGCAUUUGUCAAAACGUUCUUCAGCAGAUCUUGGAAACUACCUCUUUCUUUUUCUAUGGGCUUUAUAGUGCAGCUCAGUUACUGUGUAAUAGUUUUCAAUUAAUGAAUACAUUUUUAAAUCGGUUGCAGUACAUUUUACAGACUUUUAAUGGAAAGCUGCUAAUAUUUUUUUCAUUAAGUUUUAAGCAUGUUUGCACACUUUAUUUACAAUUAAACAAAGAAAUACAGCACCAAAAAAGUAAUAAUAAUUCCCUCCUUGUGAGGGUAUACCCUUGGCAUGUACUGGAAUUACCACAGAUAGGAAGUGAGAGGAUGUGUAGAACCAUCAUGUUGUCUUUAGAGUUUUCUGCCAACAAAGCAUUGGGCAGAGCUUGAUAAUAAAAAGAACACCAUGAUGCCCAUACUGUUCUGUUAGUAAACAGGAUAUAGUGGAAUCAAAAUAUUGACAAUACAGAGGACAAUGUGCCCAGGCAUAUUUUUGUAUGACUUCUGACAUGAUAUAAUGAACAUAUACAAAGAAAAUGGUAUGGUAUUUUGAUAUUGAUUUGGUACACAAACAUUACUUUUCAAGGAAGACAAUAUGAUCUAUAUUGUUAAAGCCUCUAACAGGGGGAUGCAGAUCUUUUGACCAUAGCUGUACAUAUAAUUUGGAGCCACGAACAGAAACAAGGAAACAUCUAACACAUGUAUAUCAAACGGUACGCUACAGUGUUAAGCUCUUUAUUCACUGACCCAUUGAAUAGCAGGCGUAGUGAGUAGGCUGGCAUAUGAACAGGAAUUUUUUAAAUAAUCGAGACUGCAUUACCUACAGAAACUACAUAAUUUCAACCGCCAAUGUUUAUCAAAUUUUAAAAAAGCAGUUCGGUUAUGUCUCUUGUGAAGAAUGUAUAGUGUGCUGCCUUUGGGGAAUAUACCGUGUUUUUCUUUUUUUCAGAUUCUAUGAAUGAACAUUAUGUAUUGUGAAUCUUUUAAUUUCUCUCAUUCGUCUGUGUGUGUGUACUAAUGUUGACAGUUGACUGUAAUUGAUGUAAUAUUUAUCGAAUUCGAUAAUAUAACUUUGGGGGAAUGAACGGUUUCUACUAAUUGCACUCCGGUGCCCAUGCAAUCCGGUAGUAAAUAUUGAAUUGUAGCACAUUACUGGUGUUUGGCGAAGGCACAUUUACACGUCUGUGACGUGAAUAUGCAUGCAACAUUCCAGGACGAGAAAAGUAUAGCAUAUAGUUGAUGAUGAUAUCUGUGUCACUACAGAGCCACACCGACGUGUUGGGGGGUGGAACCUUCGAAACGAUCCAUCCAGCCCCUCAGUACAAAUAACCUGUUGCAACUCAGAACCAGGAGGUCUGGAACAUGGAAACUGCAGACAGUUGUCCAAUAAUCGAGGAAUUGGCACACAUGUCUAGAAUAAUAUAUACAAUAAACAGGGAAAGAAAACACUUCUAAGAGGACUUUCUUGUUGAAGUUAUUAAAAUCACGUCGGGAUAAUAUUUUAGUUAACACAACAUGGCUGUUUUGGGAAGUGCAAGUCGGUUGUUACUCAAAUUUGUAAAGGGUAGCAGUGGUAGAACAUUGUGUGCCAGUAAGCAAUUCCGAUGGCAGUCCAGAGCAGCAACAAAGCAGACAACAGCUGCCACACCACAGUCUCAGGAACAGAAUAAACUUGCACCAUUUAUUGCCAAGAGACGCACCCCAAAAAUUCAGGAACAGUACAGCCGAAUUGGCGGAGGCUGUCCGAUUAAGAAGUGGACCACUCUUCAAGGAGAAGGGGUGGUGAAAUUGCUGGAUGAGAUGUCUCCAGAGACAGCUCCCCACAAGUUUUACAUUGGCUUCCGUUACGUCCAUCCACUUACAGAAGAAGCCAUUGAAGAGAUGGAGAGGGAUGGAGUGGAAAGAGCUGUAGCUUUUACUCAGUACCCACAGUAUAGCUGUUCAACAACAGGUAGCAGUUUAAAUGCAAUCUACCAAUACUACAACAAUAAAGGGGAGGAACCAAAGAUGAGGUGGAGUGCAAUCGACAGAUGGCCCACGCACCCUCUUCUUAUUGAAGUAAGACAUGAAGUUAUAAGAACAGGAGUUACAAAGCAUUGACAGGCGUCCAGGAUG